UCUCUCCACUGUACGCUCUCUGUCAUACCAUUCUUCUUUGUAAUUUCCAUGACCCAUUUCGUUCGACGAUGAGUGGGCGUCACUCUGGAAUGAGCUCGGAGACCGUGAAUUCCACCUCAAUGAGCAGCGAAAGCAUUUGCAGCACCAGCUUCAGCCGUCUCUCCUUCGACCUCCUCCCUUCCUCCUCUUCGCCGGAGAGCCUCUCCAUCAAGCCCCACCGCUCCUCCGACUUCGCCUACUCCGCCAUCCGCUCCGCCACCUUCCGCCGCAAGGCCGGCCUCACCUUCCGCGACUUCCACCUCCUCCGCCGCAUCGGUGCCGGCGACAUCGGCACAGUCUACCUCUGCCGCCUCCGCGACUCCGCCGUCGACGACUUCGACGACGACCCCGCUUGCUUUUACGCCAUGAAGGUGGUCGACAAGGAAGCCGUGGCUCUGAAGAAAAAAUCUGAGCGAGCAGAAAUGGAGAGAAAGAUUCUGAAGAUGCUGGACCACCCUUUUCUCCCUACACUCUACGCCGAGUUCGAAGCUUCUCAUUUUUCUUGCAUUGUCAUGGAGUUUUGUUCCGGUGGCGAUUUGCACUCUCUCCGACACAAACACCCUAACAACCGCUUCUCUCUCUCCUCUGCCAGGUUUUACGCGGCUGAAGUUCUGGUUGCGUUGGAGUACCUGCACAUGCUUGGAAUCAUCUACAGGGAUCUCAAGCCAGAAAACGUGUUGGUCAGAUCCGACGGUCACAUCAUGCUCUCUGAUUUCGAUCUCUCUCUAUGCUCCCAUGCAAUCCCAGCCGUUGAAUCGCACGAUUACUCGCCAGAUCCUGCAUUCCCACACGUGCUACCCUACACUCGCCAGCAGUCUACACCUUUCUCUUGUCUCUCGAACCGCGUGUUCCGCUCCAGGAAAGUGCAGACUCUUCAAUCGAACCGGCUCUUUGUGGCUGAACCUGUGGGGGCACGGUCAUGUUCUUUCGUGGGGACGCACGAGUACGUGUCACCGGAGGUUGCCUCUGGGAACUCACACGGCAACGCCGUGGACUGGUGGUCGUUCGGGAUAUUCAUCUACGAGAUGGUGUACGGUCGCACGCCCUUCGCUGCUCCAUCCAACGAGUCUACGCUGCGCAACAUCAUAAAGAAGCCACUCGCCUUUCCUACUGCCACGCCCGCUAGCACGCUUGACAUGCACGCGCGAGACCUCAUCUCCGGGUUGCUUAUCAAGGACCCGAACCGCAGGCUCGGGUCGAAGCGAGGCGCUGCGGACGUCAAGAAGCACCCCUUCUUCGCAGGGCUUAACUUGGCGCUCAUUCGGAUGGUGACGCCUCCGGAGGUUCCGUCCCUGAAAAGGAACAAAACGACGCCGUUGUCGAACGUUAACGAUAACGAUAACGGGAACAGAAAUAACAGUAGGCAACAGGCGACGGCGUUUGAUUACUUUUGAUUACCGGAGAUGGGCGCGUUGCGCGCCACGUGUUGGGUCGUUGCCCCCCCCAGAUUUUAGAACUGAGGGGGUGACGUAUGUGUAUAU